AUGAUCACGGGCUCGGGCGUGUACCACGUCGUGGAGACGAUGGCGCCGCUGUACACGGCGGCGGCGCUGGGCUACGCGUCGGUGCGCUGGCUCAAGGCCUUCUCCGAGGAGCAGUGCGCGGGGAUCAACCACUUCGUCGCCACCUACGCCCUGCCGGCGCUCGUCUUCGACAUGGUCUCCACCAACGACCCCUACGCCAUGAACGUCCGCCUCGUGGCCGCCGACACGCUGCAGAAGGGGGCCAUGCUGCUAGGCCUCAUGGCGUGGGCCGCGUGGCCCUCAUCCCGCUGCCGCGGCGAGAAACCGGGCGGGGGCGGCGGCGGCGGCUGCAACGUUGCGGUCUCCCCGCUGCAGUGGGUGGUGACCGCCUUCUCCGUGGCGCAGCUGCCCAGCACCAUCAUCAUGGGCGUGCCGCUCCUCGGCGGCAUGUACGGGCCCGCGUCCAAGGACCUCAUGAAGCAGAUCGUCGUGAUGCAGUUCUGCCUCUGGUACAACGUCGUCAUCUUCAUGUACGAGUACAUGGCGGCGACGGACGGCAGCACCAAGGCCGGCCCCGGGUCGCCGGAGAAACGCGCCAUUGCGGCAGUUGAGCGAGCCCACCAAGUAACCGUGAACGUUGAAAGCACGGAGCACACCAGACAACAAGGCAUGGCCGUGGCUGGCCAGCAGGCGGCGGCGGCGCUCACGACGGAGGUGUGUGCUGGUGAAGAUGAUGAGGGCGCGGAGGCAGAGGAUGACUCGCUGCCGGCGUCUCCAUCGAUGAGGCAUAUCGCUUUCAUGACAGGGAAAAAGGUUCUCAGGAUUCCGAAUACCUAUGCUAGCUUCCUUGGCCUCGUCUGGGCUCUAAUCACUUUCAAGUGUGGUAUCAAGAUGCCAAAAAUAAUCCUCGAUUCUUUGUUAACCAUACAAACUACAACAAUUGGUCUAAGCAUGUUCUCAUCAGGGACGCUCAUGGCGCCACAACCACAGUUCAUUCCUUGCGGCUACGCGAUCGCAAUGGUUUCAUUGGUCCUGAAGUUUCUGAUAGGUCCGGUGGCAAUAUUGCUCGCUUCGCUGGUCGUUGGUAUGCACGGCACCCUGCUAUGCAUUGCUGUUGUACAGGCGGCACUGCCAUUGGUCGUCGCUUCAUUUGUGUAUGCUGAAGAGUACAAGGUCCAUGCAGACAUCAUGAGCACAGGGUAA